CGUAAACGUACGACGCGGACAACGCAGCCGAAGAGUCGAUUAACAAUUCUAAAUAUCAAAACACAAACUGAAUUAACAACAACAGCAACAUCACAAUGGUUCAAAAUUCAAAUGGUGAUCUACAGAAUGAAGAAAUAAAAACCAAUGGCAACAACAAUCAAAAUAACAAUAACGACGAUUUUGCAGAUAAGCCAGAAUGGUUAACACAAGAAUUAUUUUGUAAAUUUUUGAAAAAAGAUUUUCCAAAUUUUCAAAAAAUUACCAAAUUUAAUGUAAAACGUGCAGUGGCAGCUGGUGAAAAUUUUAUGACAACUCUGUUGAGAAUCCACCUUGAAGUUGAAAUGCCCGAUGCCAGCCUCAAAUCAAUUUCAUAUAUGGUGAAAAUUAAACCCAACACCCAGCAGUUACAGAACAUGAUUGAAGAAUGGCAAAUAUUUGAAAAAGAACAGGCCACCUAUUCGAAAUAUAUUCCGAAAUUUGAAGAGCUCUACUCGCAAGCGGGAAAAGACAUACAAUUUGCCCCCAAAUUACUACAAUUGGAUAAUGAUGAGCACAAUGGCCAUCUGCUUAUUUUGGAAGAUUUACGUUUGCGCCAGUUUAAAAAUGCAACCCGACAAUUGGGUCUUGAUAUGGAACACACCAAAGCGGUGUUGGAAAAAGCCGCUCAGUUUCAUGCUGCAUCUGCUCGUUAUGUGGAGGUCAUGGAAGACUAUCCCGCAAUGUAUGAUCAGUGUUUGGUAGCCGAUAAAGAUCUUUUCGAAGAACAUCGCCUAAAUGCUGGAAAACUGUUUAGAGAUAAUCUGCAUUUGUAUGGAGAUUUGGAAUAUUUAAGGGAGAGAUUGAAAACAUGUGUCGAAACUCAAUCGGAUCCGUAUCAAAUGAAAUCAGAACGUAAUCCCGCUGAAUUUACUGUACUAAAUCAUGGUGAUUUAUGGGUGAACAACAUCAUGUUCCAAUACAAUGAGGAUGGAUCGUUGAAGGAAACCUAUUUCAUUGAUUUUCAAUUGGGUCGCUAUGGUUCUCCGGCACAGGAUCUGCAAUAUUUUCUAUUUUCUUCAACAAAUAUAGAAAUUAAGCUAAAACAUUUUGAUUAUUUCAUUGCUUAUUAUCACGAGAAAUUAGUUGAAAGCCUGAAGCUGCUCAAGUUCGAGGGGAAAAUACCAAGCUUGAGAGACAUACACACAGCCUUGUACAAGCAUGAUUAUUGGGCUUAUACCAUUGCCACAAAUUUGAUGCCGGUAAUACUCUGCGAGUCACGUGAGGAUGCCAACAUCGACAAUGUCAUAGGUGGAGAAGAAGGCAACGAAUUCCGCCAGGCCAUGUACACAAACAAAAGAUUAGCAGAAAGUAUGAAGUUUUUACUGCCAUGGAUGGAUAAUCGUGGUGCCUUUGAAGUAUAAUUUAUAAAUAAAACAAAACCUUAUUUAAAUUAAU